CUGUGUGCCAAACCAGGGCAUAAAAAACUCGCUGACACCGCAAAGCAGCAGCAGCGCGAGGCCUGAACGACCGCAUCCGAAGGUCGCUGCAGCGCUGCGGCACCGACGUCGCCUGCCGAGCCGUGCCGGAGCCGAAAGCACUCGCAAGCCAGGCAGCCGAAUCCGCCGAAAGCAUUGCGCCGCUGGCCGCAUCGCUUGCGGAAAGCUUCGCAACACAUAAGCAACACCACCGCGCCAGCGCAUAGGCCGCGCGCCGGACCAAAAACCCAAAGCGCUGCGAAAAACGAUGGGCAUCGACCUGCGACGAGACAUGCACGUGCGCGCAAGACGAUCGGGAGCGCGCGGCGUGGUCCUGAGGCACUGGCGCCACACGAACGGCCACAUCUGGGCCGAGGUGCGGUUCGUCAAUGGGGACACCGCGACCGUCCGAAGUACCCAUCUGGAAAGGAUCACGCUAACAGAGGAAGAACAGCGCGAGUUGAGUUCCCAGAGCGCCGGUAGUCUCACGGACCCGUUAGAACUCAUGCAGCGCACGAUCGACCGAUCCAUAAAGGUCACCGGCGAUUGCGGGACCGAGAUCACGAACGCCUUCGACGAGAUUCUGAGGCCCGACGGCACGCCUCUGACCGAGGUCGAGUUGCGGACGGAGCGGGGCAAGGCUAUACCGGAAGAACCGUUGGACGAGGAGAAAGCUAAAAGAAAAGCGCAGGCCGCGCGCGAAGGGCGAGCCACGACGCGGUCAAGGCAGCUCGAGGUGCGCUACGCCGGCGAGCACGAGCCUGGUAUUGUCAUUAUAUCAUGUAAUGUGUGUAGACGAAGAGGAGCGUCGCGGCACGAGUGGCGCGUGGCCCUUGAUAGUAAUGGUGUCAUGGACGGCACCGCCCUACAUAAAAUACGGAGCCACUGCGGCCAGUUCGCUUCGGUGCGCCACGCGUCUACUUUGGAGCACUGCGUUGCGCUUGGGAGACUUACUGGACGAGUGUUUUCUCAGAGGGCUUCCGAUGCUUCUCGAUUACCGGCGAAGCGAUCCUACAAAGCGGCCGUGCCCAUCGUGCGCAAGCAAGCCACCACUCCCCAAUCGUCAAGACCCGCGAAGCGUUCUCGGCCGUCGAAACGCGCCUUAGCCGCGGAGGAGGCGGCCAAGAACGCUCCUCGCCUCCAGAUCCACGACGGCCGGAAAUUCGUUGACCUCAAGAAGGACGCGGGGCGGUCCGUGCGGUACCACCGGCUCGCGCGACGGCUGCAGUCUUUACUAAAGGAGGGCAACCACGCUGUUGGUGUUACUUACCCAGUACAAUUCAGAGCGCCGCGGUCGACGUCGGACCGAUGUUUGGAACUCGCAAGGUUACUCCUCACGAAGGGCUUGGUGGCCAAGGUGCCCGUGGCGAAAGCGGCCGACGUCCAAGCCUUGCGGCAGGCGCGUUUAGCCUUGGAGCAGCACCCGCAGCUCUGUGAUAUUGAAAUCACUUCAUCGAUGGACACCGAAGCGCAUGCUUUGGCCCUGGACGAGACGCGAGUGCGAAGGAUCGAGCGCAUGGCCUUGUUGUUCGUGGCGCACCAGCUCUGGACGCCGGCGCGCGUGCGGAGGUUCGCUUCGGCUGUUAACGAAGACGAUGAAGACGACGCGUUGCGGGACGUCGACUGUGCGAAAGCCGCUUGUAAAGAUGCCGACGCCUUGUUAGCCUGGCUCGCGUCCGACGAAGCCCUCCGGAGCGAAGAUUCAAGUAGGCUAGAAGCGUGGCGCGCUUCCUUAGAUAAUUGUCCCCUGCGCUGUGACUUAGAUACACCUACACCAAGACCAUCAAGGACUCUAGACCCGGCCUGGGACGCUCCCUCUGCAAGCGCCAACAGAUGCAGAAGAGCGCUACGGGAAGCGGAGGUCGGCAGGGACGAAGCCCGACACAGGGAAGCCGCGCUCGAGAACGACGUCUUUACGGGACGACAUAAAACAAAAACCACACCAGCCGCCGUCCUGCAGGCGGGCUGGACUCGCAAAUGGAGGGACGCCCAGAAGGUCGCCGAGGUGUUUGUGGAGGUCUUUGAUAAUGCCACAGCAAAUGACAAUACGAUCAACGACUCUGCUUGCAUGUUGCUUGUUCGUGCUGCUAGAGCGUUGCCCGACGUCGGGGCUUAUAUUGGGGCGCAUCUAGUCCGUUCUCUGUUGGCCGUUCAUGAUUUGACGUUACCGCUCGACGCGUGGGGACCGUUCACGAUGAGUGAUGAUUCGGUAGGACAGAUGCGCGAGCUGCUCGGGGACGCCGUGUGUAGUACGCCGAUGCAGUUGAGAGUUGCUUUAGCGCAGGAGCUCGGGUCGCUGGAAGUGGACGCGGGCGACUUGGCGCUGAUCCUGUGCGAGACGCACUCGUGCUGGGCGUUGGCGUGUCGCCACGCGCAGCACCAUGCAUCUUGGGCCCAUGAUGCUUUGUUGCAGGCUUUGCGGGAUACACCACAAGAUUGGGCGGUGAAGAUGCGGGAGGUGCUGUUGGACGAAUACCAUUUGCCCUUUGAUCCACAAGUAGUAUACCAUCCGGCCCAUAAAUUGCUACUCGUGACGAUGGUCGCCAAGGGUUUACAUGACGUCAAUGUGUUACGGAUGGCGCCGCCUUCGUCAUUGGCGCUGCCGCGGCCGGUCUACCGCGUCUGGGCGCCCGGGGACUCGCCAUCAGUUGAACCGGUGGAACCGGCGGAACCUGAGGAGGAACCGGCGCCGCCGGCGCCGGCGCCCUCGGCCUUCUCAACAAUGGAGGACCUCGCGCCUAUGCCGCCCGUGCCGACGUUGGCGCCGACGCUUGGAGCGCCGUACGGCUCCGAGGUCUACGCCGCGGGGGUUGCCGGUGGACCGGCCCCGGCGGCUUUUGCCAUCUAGUCCCACCCAUCGUCAUUCCUAAUGUGUGAUUACCG